UGUCCUCCCGUACUCGGCAGAUCCCUGCUCCCUUCCUACCGAUCCAUCCUCCCCUGCUCCCACGCGCCAAAACAUUUGCGAGCACCAAACCAGAGCACAGCUCGACACGACACCCAUCCACGGGGAGAGGGCGCAAACGGAGGCCAUGGACGUGACCAUGGACGACGUGCCCGGGGAUCUCGACUUCUCCGGCUGCAGCUCCACGACCACCUCGUCGUCGUCGCCGUCGCUGGACGACGGCAUGGGGAUGUACGCGUGGAGUGGGCUGUCCCCGGUGGCCGACUGGGGCUCGUUCUGCCCUUACGACGGCGGCCAGGACCUCCACGGCCUCAUCGAGUCCAUGCUCUGCGACGACACGCUCGUCGGCGCGGCCGACCUCCACCCGGCCAUGUUCCCGGACGAGGCGUACUGCUGCUCCAACGGCUCCGCCCCGGGCAGCACCACCACGACGAACCCGGGCACGCCCGUGAACGACGGCGACGCGGCGCAGGGCGACGGCCCCGAGAAGGGCCUCCGCCUGCUCCACCUGCUCAUGGCGGCGGCCGAGGCGCUCUCCGGCCCGCACAAGAGCCGGGAGCUGGCACGGGUGAUAUUGGUUCGGCUCAAGCAGAUGGUUUCCCACAUCGGCGACAACGCCGCCGUCUCCAACAUGGAGCGCCUCGCCGCGCACUUCACCGACGCGCUGCAGGGGCUGCUCGACGGCUCACACCCCGUCGGGGGAGCCGGCAGGCACGCCGCCGCGGCCGCGGCCGCGUCCCACCGCCAGCACACCGGCGACGUGCUGACGGCGUUCCAGAUGCUGCAGGACAUGUCGCCGUACAUGAAGUUCGGCCACUUCACCGCGAACCAGGCCAUCCUCGAGGCGGUGGCGGGCGACCGGCGCGUGCACGUCGUCGACUACGACAUCGCCGAGGGCGUCCAGUGGGCGUCGCUGAUGCAGGCCAUGAUCUCGCGCCCCGAUAGCGUGCCGCCGCCGCACCUGCGCAUAACCGCCGUCUCCCGAGGAGGCGGGGGCGGCGCCCGGGCGGUGCAGGAGGCCGGCCGGCGCCUGGCCGCCUUCGCGGCGUCCAUCGGGCAGCCCUUCUCGUUCGGGCAGUGCCGUCUCGACUCCGACGAGAGGUUCCGUCCGGCGACGGUCCGUAUGGUCAAGGGGGAGACACUCAUCGCCAAUUGCGUGCUCAACCAAGCCGCGGCGACCACCACAGUCAGGCGCCCCACCGGCUCGGUGGCGUCUUUCUUGGCCGGCAUGGCCACGCUCGGGGCCAAGGUCGUGACGGUGGUUGAGGAGGACCAAGGGGAACCCGAGAAGGACGAGGAGGAGGCGGGCGGCUUCGUGGCGCGGUUCAUGGAGGAGCUCCACCGGUACUCGGCGGUGUGGGACUCGCUGGAGGCCGGGUUCCCGACGCAGAGCCGUGUGCGCGGCCUGGUGGAACGGGCCAUCCUCGCCCCGAACAUCGCCGGCGCCGUGAGCCGCGCGUACUGUUCCGUGGACGGCGACGACGAGGCGAGGGCCGGGUGGGGGGAGUGGAUGCGCGGGAACGGGUUCAGGGCCGUGCCGCUGAGCUGCUUCAACCACAGCCAGGCCAGGCUGCUGCUCGGCCUGUUCAACGACGGGUACACGAUGGAGGAGACGUCGCCGAACAAGAUCGUGCUCGGCUGGAAGGCCCGGCGGCUGCUGUCGGCGUCCGUGUGGGCGCCGCCGCCGCUGUCGGUGCCGUCGUCGCCGGCGGAGGGGGCGUUCCAGCCCGUGGGGAUCGUGCCGGCCAGCGGUGGCGUGGGCCGGAUGGAGUUUGACUACAUCGACUCGUUCCUCGUCGAGCCUGCUUAUGCGCUAGUUUGAUCAUGGUUAGGUUGAGGUUGAGCGAUUCAGCAGCUUAGCCCGGAUUGUUUUAGAGUUGUUCAGUUGUAAAAAGUUUAGUUGCUUCGCCAAUUUCACUGGUUGUUAGUGGUGUGUUAAAUCCAAGAGGUUGAGAGUUGCUAACUCUAGUGGCCAA